CAUUUGUCAAAAACAUUAAUUUUGCAUGUUUUUGAUCUUAUAGUUUAUGUGUUUUUCGUUCAAUUAUUUUUCACUUUCAUCUUCUAAUUUUUAAAAUAAUGAACGAAUUCGAGAAACUGAUUAUAUUAUUAUAAUCAAAUUGAGAAAUCAGAAAUGCAGCUUGAGUUUAAAACCUGCACUGAAUUGAAGUUCAGUUUAUGAAUUAUUCCACUCACAUAUAAAGGGCAAUUCAAGAAAAGCAAAUAUAAAAAGCUUACAUUUUUAUAUAUAGAGAGAGAGAGAUAAAUAUUUUAUUUAUUGCAAUGUCAAACAACAAGAUGAAGGGCCUUUUAAAAGGUCUAAGAUACAUAUCUCAAAUAUUUGAUAAUGAGAAAGAGCCUGAAAUGCAAAUAGGGUUCCCUACAGAUGUAAAGCAUGUAGCCCAUAUUGGAUGGGAUGGUCCUUCAGUGACUUCACCAAGCUGGAUGAAUGAGUUUAAAGCUCCAAAUGGUGGAUUUUCAUCUUCUCCUUUAAAUGCUAAUGGGGAACCGAUCAAAGAGGACAAUCCAAUUACAUGGACUUCUGAAGAUUCAUCAAGUCGAAGAGGAUCAAGGUCAAGAGGCAUAGACAAAGACUUACCAGAAUUGCCAAAAUCAUCAAGAAGACAAUCAUCAUCAGAAAGAGCAAUGGGCGGCGAAUCACCGACUAUAGACAAGCCUAAACAAUCAAGAAGAUCAUCAAGAAACGCAGCCAAGGAUUUAGCCGACGGCAAAUCGAGUUCAAGAUAUAAGGAUCAACUCCAAGGGAACGAUUCAUCAUCAUCAAACCCGCCCGAUGUUCCCAAGAAAACAAGGCGAAAGAAAUCAAAAGACGGUUCCAACUCGAAAACUUCAAGAUCGAAACCGCCGGCUUUAGAUGCGGAUUGCGUUUCUGAAUGCGGUUCAACGUCGAAAUCUGUUAAUAGUGAGCAAUGCGAAACUGGUUCGUCGGUUUCAGCAUUUAGUACUUUCGAAGAAGAAGCAGAAAACGGAUUUUCGGGUGUUUCUUGAGGGGAUUAAUUAUUGUUAUUACAUUGUAGCUAGAAUCAUUUUAGUUGAACUAAAGAGAGAGUUCACUUUUUGUUUUUGUUUGAUCUUACAUAAUAUAUUUACUGCUACCAAAUCAUUUUUCUGUAAAGAUACCCUAUAUCAUGUUAUUGAGAUUAGAAUAUAUGUAUUCGAGACAAAAAUUGUUGGAGUUUUAUUUAGUGGAAUCAACAAAAGCUGCAUUUCUGAA